AUGCAACUUAACGACUGUGAGGAGGCUCACUUACGUUUCCUUUCUCUUAUUUCCUUCAUUACUAAUCGUGACGUUUGUGCUCAAUUACAUCUGCACAGUUUCGAAAAUUCCUUGUCCUGUGAAUUGGAAGUUUGGGCUCCUCUUCUUGCUAACUGUUCUUAUCCUGAGGGUGUGCUUUGCUGCAAAAACCUCACCACGCCAAUUGGAAUUGUUCCCAAAACUCGAGUUCGUGAAACAGACGUAAUUGCCCUUGAAAUUGACUUUCAACAAACGAAUAAUUCUGCUUCACCACUGAAAAGACGUCGUACUUCUGAAUCCAAGUCUCCUGAAAUCAAUUCGGCUUCAUACUCUCCCUCCAAUACUCAGAUUUUGCGAGUGCUCCGUAACGAUACUCGUAACAAAACGAUUUGCCUUCACGUUAAGUUUAAAGACUCAUUGGAAGAAGAUGGUAUUGUAAUAUUGCAAAAGUCUCCCUUUCCUAGUGAAGUUUCAGCUCUUUGUUCGGCCAAAAUCGGUGCUACUUAUGUUGAAGAGAAUCCAGAUACAGUGACUUCAAAUCAGGUUGAUUUCCCUGAAUGGAAAGUAGAAGACGUUGUAAAUAAUGAUAUCUACUAUCGUUCCUCCGUAAUGACUGGUUUGGAGGGUGUGAAUAAAGUCUCCAUGACUGUGAUUCAUCCAGCUGCACCACAGCAUUUUGCCAAGUACUCUUCAUCAAAUCGUCAAAUCGUGCAAGAGACACCGAAGGUCUAUCAGAGUGUCGUUCUCCCUUUUCUCGAAUCCAAUCCGAAGGAUCUGGGUUGGGUUGAAAACAUCCUCAAUGGCACAGCUGAAGUUGAACGAGUUUUAUUCACUGACGAGGAUCCAAGCCUCGGUUUUACACUUGUUUUGGAUUAUCGUUGGGAUGAAAAGGAUCUUAAGGAACUUCAUGCCUUGGCCCUUGCUAGAGAUGCUGGGUUGAUGUGCUUGAGGGAUUUGCGAGCCUGCCAUCUCCCUAUGUUGAAGAAGAUGCUUGCUGACGGGAGGAAGAGGCUUGUCGAAAAGUACAGUGGUGAAGAGGGAAGAGAGGAAUGUUUGAGGCAGGAUCAAAUAGUAGCCUAUUUUCAUUAUCCACCUACCUUUUAUCGUCUUCAUAUGCAUUUCAUUCAUGUUGAUAGUUCAGCAGAUGGUGGAACUCAAGUUGGAAAGGCGUAUCUGGCAGAAGAUGUGAUUGCCAAUAUUGAGUUGAAGAGCGACUAUUAUGCUGAGAGAACGAUUCCUAUCUAUCUCCAUGAUACGCAUCCAUUCCUCAUGGCAAUUCGUAGAGCGGAGCAAAAAUAA